UCUUAUCCCUUCCUAACUACAAUGAGAAAUGAGAUGAUGAGAAUGACAAGCACCACUCAAAAGGGGAAUUGGAUGCAUUGCAUGGGGUGGACCUUUAUUUGUGGCCCAUCGUCAGACUUCACCAAUUUUAUAACGCAUUUUCUUGCUUAAUUUAUCGAAGGGUAGUUGUUGUUUUCCUUAAUCUACAAAAUCGGGAAGUUAUUUUAUUUAAUUGGCCCGAUUUGUUAGGGGGCAAAAUAGCCGAUUCGUAGGGCUGUGUCGGUGCGGUCGUCUUUGUACCAGUGGCCUUUAUUUCCUCUUAUCAAAUCUUCGUUAGCUUCGUCUCAUUUUUGUAAAAAUUCUGCUUUGGUAGGGUUUCGUAAUAUUUUUCCUGCAAACUCUGCCCAUUUUUUUCUCAUUGGCGUCGUUCAUAGGACGGCACAAAUUGUGCAGAUUUUUGAGGUGUAAAAAUUACUUUGGCCCAUUUGAGUGGAAAAGCAAAGCAGCAACGCCUGUUCGUUUUUCCGAUAUUACUUUUAGCAUCCUCGUUUUUUUUUAGUACACUUCGAAGAGAAUAUAGGAUUCAUGCAGCACCUCGCUGCCAACCAUAACUUGGUGAGCCCAGGAGAAAUGAAGGAACUAGGGAGAUUGAGGGCUGCAUUCAUGAGAGAGAAAUGUGAGGAGGUUGUUUUUUGCCCAAAACCCCGGAGAAGUGGGUUGGUAAUGCAUCAAAUUCCAGAGUUUUCAAAGCAGACAAGACGACAUCGCAAUCAUCCUCCAGAGCAUAAUGAUUCUGAAGCUGGAGUAGAGAUUCUUGACAUAUUUCUUAGUAAGAGUGGUUGCACUGAUGCAUUAACUUUUGGAUGUUCACCACCUUAUUUUAAUGGAUCUCCACCCAGCCGUGCAGACAAUCCUCUCAUUCAUGAUGUUAAGUUCAUUCAUCAGAGUGAUGUUAAGUUCCUUCAUCAGAGAGUGCAAGCUUCACCGUCCACUCUCUCAAAACCUAAGUCAUUUGGAAGGUCUUCUUUUGGGCCUAAUGCAACUGUUCGGGUUGAGGGCUUUGAUUGUUCUGGCAGGGACACAAGAUGUAGUAUCCCGGCAUUGGCAUGAUCCAGACACUGAGAUUUCACCAAUUUGCUCAGCAAUAUAUGCAAAGAGGGAUUGUACAAAAAUAGUUGAAUCAUUCUAAAGUCACAUACUGUAAAUUCUGUAAUCAUAUGAGUGGGCCUUUUCCGUGCGGAAGUGAGUAGUAUAGGAAAUGAAAAGUUAUUUUUAAUAAUUUUCAUAUUUUGUUGUCGGGAGUGACAUGGGAGUUACUGGGAAACCUAUGGAGUGCUCAAUGAGUAAUGUUUUCCCUGAGGCUGUUGUAUCCAGAGCUGAAGUCUUCCCUUAGGUUUUGAGUUUUAGAUUUUGUUAAGAGCAUGGAUACUAUUCUGAGUGUUUAUGCUUCCCCAUUACUUGUACAGAUAUGAGUCGUACUUGGAUGUAUUUUUGAACAUCAUUUAAAAGUACAUGUAAUUUAGGUUCAGACUUCUGAAGUCAUGUUGGAGAAGUCUGGAAAAUGAAGAUUUACAUUUGGGACUUGUAUAUUUCUCUUUUUAAUGUUUGGAAGGCAAACUGGAGAAAUAAUAUGUACAUCAUAUUCUUGUAAUUGGCAGUCUGCCUCACCAGGAAGUUAAUUCAUCAUGAGAUCA